UUAUCUUUUGCUGAGACACGAGUUAUCUGAAAUGCCAAGUUACUCAAUGAGAAGGAGAGUGUCUUUGUCUCUGACUCCACGUCUCUUUAAUAUUUGCUCCGGCUGAACUCCAAGAGAGAUGUCAAGAUAGCUGUAAGUGGCAAGGUUUGUUUAACAUGUUCAUCUUUUAUAAGGCUGGGCUCUCUGGUGAGAUGCAAAACUGUAUAUGCCUGCCCGCCUCUAUACUCUGGCGCUGACAAUUCAGCAGUCAAGAUGUUAAGAUGUCUGUAAGUGGCCGCAUGCAAACUUGCGCACUGUUUUCAGCGGUUCUCGUCUCGCCCUGAAGCAAGACUCGAUGCUAUCUCUCUGAAGUGGCAUGGCUGGCAGAAGUCGAUCGCAUUCAAGAGCAUAAAGGAGUGUGAUCCUUCACUACAGGGAGGUGGUUUGCUCCUCUUAGCCACACGUGGAUAUAGAGCUUUAAUGUGGAGGUGUGAGAGAUGUGAAAGAUUGUAUUUUUAUUUAACCCGGCGCACCUGUGAGUGAUCUUUGAAGUGUCUGAGAGAUCAUAUGAAACAGGACAAAGAAGAGAGCCAGCAUCAGCAAAGAAGCUCAAGCCAACAUUUUAAUUAAGAUUUAAAACAGUUGGGUAUAAUUGAUUUCUUCUUAAGGAGGUCCUUGGUCAACCACCAAAAUUGCGUCCAAAAGCAAACAAGAGGAUCGCCCUGCUCUGACCAGGUUUGUCGGCAGGAAGCGGCUCAUAGCUGCGGGAGCUUUUGGGGUCGUAAUGGUCCUCGUGCUAGUCAUCCUAAUCCCGGUCCUGGUCAACUCAGCUGGAACCUCGGCCCACUACGAGAUGCUUGGAACCUGCCGCAUGGUGUGUGAUCCUUAUGGGACUAAAUCGCCAACCAGCACCGCCACGGCAGACACCGUCCCCGAUCCCAACCUUAUCCAGUCCCUACCAACAUUCAUCCAAGGUCCUAAAGGGGAGCCUGGUCGUCCUGGGAAGGCAGGUCCAAGGGGUCCUCCCGGAGAACCGGGUCUACCCGGCCCAGAGGGCCCUCCUGGUGAGAAAGGGGAGCCUGGACGGCCCGGACUACCCGGUCCACCAGGAUCAAACACAGCCGCUGGGGCUAUAAGCGCCGCUACUUACAGCACAGUCCCCAAGAUCGCUUUCUACGCUGGUCUGAAGAAGCAACACGAAGGCUACGAGGUGCUUAAAUUCGACGAUGUAGUCACUAACCUGGGCAACCAUUACGACCCGACUACGGGGAAAUUCACGUGUUCCAUUCCAGGAAUCUACUUCUUCACUUACCACAUCUUGAUGCGAGGAGGGGACGGGACCAGCAUGUGGGCUGAUCUCUGCAAAAAUAACCAGGUCCGUGCCAGUGCCAUAGCUCAGGACGCUGACCAGAAUUAUGACUAUGCUAGCAACAGUGUGGUUCUGCAUUUGGAACCAGGGGACGAAGUCUAUAUAAAACUGGACGGUGGGAAAGCACAUGGAGGAAACAACAACAAAUAUAGCACAUUUUCUGGAUUUAUCAUCUAUGCUGAUUAAGUCACCCUAAAACAACUUUGUUUCCCCUCAAAAGUCAGAGGGCUGGAACCCUAACAGCCUUCAGUCAAUUCAAUGGAAGUAGAUUUUAUUGGGCAAUCAACUAUUGAGUGGAUCUUAACAGGAAGCAAGCUAAAACUACCCGACUCACAUCUGUGUGCUCUAAAGACUCCCCUUGUAAAAAUGUGAGUCAAAAUUCUAAGAUUGUGCCCUAAAUAUCCCUCAGUAUUAUAUCACUGUUGUUUGUAUCUUCUAGCAGCUUUACUCAUGUGUUGCCAAAGCCUGCUAAUUGUGAUGCUUGACGUCCACUCAUAACAAAAUUUACAAUGUAAAUGAAAAUGAAAGUGCAAGAUGUGUUCUGCUUCCCUAUAAAGGCACUGUUUACCUUAUACAUUUAUACUUUAGUGUAAAGAAUGCUAGAGUCAUAGUUAUUUUGGAAACCCAAAGCCUAAACUGUUAAAAAAAUAUACUCCUCUGAUUUGGGUUUAACUUAACUGGCAAUACCAAGACUGAUCACUAUGAAAUUUAGCACUACUAUAUACCUCGGGCUACUGCAACCAAAUGUGCGUGAUUCAUUUUCAUGCCCAAAAGAUACAUUUCGAAAUAGAAUAGUUGUGCUUUUUAAUUUGGGUUUCUGCACAGUCACAUGCUGUGGUUAUGCAAAAGACAAAGGGAUAUGGGUUAAGGAAUAUUUUUAAUUGGUUGUUUUUUAAAACAUUUAGAACUUGUCGGAACCUGCUAAAAAAGUGAAAAGGAUACAAGUUCUGCAUGUUAUCCAAAACUUUGCACAUUGAUAAUACUGUCAUGAAACCACAGGUCUCAGAUAGGCCUGCCUAGGAAAUGUAAUCGGCUAAUUUAUAUGAAGGUGUCAUUGGAGGUUUAGCAAUUUGCAACGGAUACAUUUUUUCCAAAACACCUACGAAAGACAACUGCAAAGCUGAUAUGCUCAGUAACCAUUUAGUCUGUAUAAAAGAAUAAAACAAACUAACUUGAAAAGCAGCUUUAUAAAAUACAGACAUAUUAAUAAUUAUUCCAUUUUUACAAAUCCAAGGGUAGUUUAAAUUGCUGAUGCUGAUAUAAUAAACUCUUGCUUCAGUAUCAAAAAUCUAGUAAGAUACAGAUUUACCUUUUGGUUUUAUGGGCUGCUUUGAUAUUGACAGAAGUACACUCUCUAGAGGUCAUCAUAUUCCAGUCAAGAGACUGCCUUGGACCAAGAUGAUGUUCUGCUAAUACAGUACAGUACUUCAUGUGCUGGCCAUUGAAAAAUGUGUUCCAGGUUCUCUCCAAGCAGCCUUAAAAAAAUCCUCAGCAAAUUCAGCACCUACUCAGCAGGCUUUGCAACUGUAACAUAUACAAAUAUACACUGAAAUUUUGUAUUUAAACAAAACUAAAGAAUAAUUGAACCACAAAAAAUAAGUGAGUUAUUUAUUUAUUUAUUUAAAAACUGACAUUUAAUAAAUGUCUUCUUCAGAAAUUGUAUUUAAUGAGUAAGAUCUGGAGAAGACUGUCUUGGCAAAUCAAUGACAUGGAAGCAGGAACCUACUAGCAAUUGAAGUCGGGUCUUGGUAGUAAUUUUAUUUAGUAAUGCUAACAAAUGAUUUAAGAAAACAAACUGAUUACACAAUUCUGUCGUUUUCUUCCAUUGCAUUUUCAUAGAUCAUUUGCUAAUUUUCAGUUUUAGAGCCAUCAGUGUUUAACCAGAGCUCUGUAACUUUUUAAUCUUCCUGAAGUUUGUUUCACUUUGUUCACAUCUUGCUUACAGAACUUCAUACACACAACUUGGUAUUAUUUAUUUAUAUACUGUCCUGGUGUUAUGGUCACUAAACUUGCAAUUAGUUACAAUAUUUGUUUUAAACAAAACAUAAUUAUUUUUAUGAUGAUUAACUAACCACAUAUUAAGGUGUUUAUGAUUUGUGCAUACAACAAUUCACAUUCAAUUUGUUUAGUUUUGAUCACCUGUAAGUUUUAUUUUCUCAUUAUUGUCUAUUAUUUUAUGUAUAUGAAUAUGGUAAGUAUGAAAUGUAAAACAAAUGAUCCUAUUCAAUUGAUGUAUGCAGUGGCUGACUCACACAUUGCAGCCUACUGGGUUCAAAUAGGAUCCAAUCAACUGGUUUCACAGAUUUUUAAUGGCUAUAAUCUUGGACAACAUUACCUCAGGUAACAUUAAGUAGUCCAAGAUUAAUGCUAAUCAGGAUUUGUGAAACCAAUCCUCUGAAAACCAACAUCGAUAAAAGUGCAAGUGAGUCUUUUGAGUGUAUUUGUGUUAUUAAAAUGACUGUAUAUAAAA